AGCAGGAGGAGGAGGAGGAAGGGAAGGAGGAGGCGGUGAAAGAGGAGGGGGGCCCCCUCUGGCAUCAGGCUUGUAAAUAAACUCUGCGAUGGUUUCUUUCCCUUAUUGGACUAGGUGCUGUGACCGCCACCACCAUCACCGCUGCCGCCGCGGAACUCGGCUCUCAAGCUCGCUCCUCUUCAGCAUCUUUUGGCUUUAGCGCUUCAUCGACAUCCUCCUUCCUUCUUACCUAGACUCAGCAGCCUUUCUUCCUCUAUCUGUUCCUCCACUGUCCCUCUACUAUGCUGGUGACCUGAUAGGGAUGUGACUCUCCUCUUUUCUUGACUCCCUUACCCCCCAAACCACCUUUUCCUUCUUUUUGGGGGGUGGGCUGGGGAGGGGAGCUCGGAUCAUGGCAUUGGAGUUCCCCGGGCUGCUGCUGCCGCUGCUGCCUAGUACUACCCCGAGCUCACCUCCGAGGACCAGCAGCAGCGGAGAAGGCGAAGAAGGCGAAAGCGGGGAGGGAGAUGGGGCUCAAGUCGCGAAAGGCGGCGGCGGCGGGGGCGGUUGGCGGCGGCGGUGGCAGCAGCGGCGGCGGGGGCGGCAGCAGCCCAGGCGGCAGCGGGGGCGGUAACUCUGGCGGGAGGGAUGCGGAGGACAAGCGAACUGGGUUGGGAACGGCCGGGGACGUAGAGCAAGGCACCUUGGCCCUGGGAGCCGGAGCUGACAAAGACGGGACCUUGCUGCUAGAAGGGGCGGGCAAAGAGGACGGCAGCAAGAGGACCCCGCAAGGGAUUGGUCUCCUGGCCAAGACCCCUCUGAGCCGGCCGGUCAAGAGGAACAAUGCCAAGUACCGGAGGAUCCAAACUUUGAUCUACGACGCCCUGGAGAGACCGCGGGGCUGGGCGCUGCUGUAUCACGCCUUAGUGUUUCUAAUUGUUCUGGGGUGCUUAAUCUUGGCUGUACUUACCACAUUCAAGGAGUACGAGACCGUUUCAGGAGACUGGCUACUAUUAUUGGAAACAUUUGCUAUUUUCAUCUUUGGAGCUGAGUUUGCUUUAAGGAUUUGGGCUGCAGGAUGUUGCUGCAGGUACAAAGGAUGGAGGGGGAGACUGAAGUUUGCAAGAAAGCCUUUAUGUAUGCUCGACAUCUUUGUGCUGAUUGCUUCAGUACCAGUGGUCGCUGUUGGAAACCAAGGCAAUGUUCUGGCCACCUCACUCCGGAGUUUACGGUUCCUACAGAUUUUGCGCAUGCUCCGCAUGGACAGAAGGGGUGGCACCUGGAAACUCCUGGGUUCUGCAAUUUGUGCCCACAGCAAAGAACUCAUCACUGCCUGGUAUAUUGGGUUCCUGACCCUGAUCCUUUCCUCAUUUCUUGUCUACCUGGUGGAGAAAGAUGUGCCUGAGAUCGAUGCUCAAGGAAUGGAGACAAAAGAAGAAUUUGAGACUUAUGCUGAUGCUCUCUGGUGGGGUCUGAUUACUCUGGCAACCAUUGGUUAUGGAGACAAGACCCCCAAAACCUGGGAAGGCCGUCUGAUUGCAGCCACCUUUUCCCUAAUUGGAGUCUCAUUUUUUGCUCUUCCAGCUGGAAUUCUUGGAUCAGGGCUGGCUCUCAAGGUACAAGAACAACAUCGACAGAAACAUUUUGAGAAAAGAAGGAAACCAGCAGCUGAACUCAUACAGGCUGCCUGGAGGUAUUAUGCAACCAAUCCCAACAGGAUUGAUCUCGUAGCUACCUGGAGAUUUUAUGAAUCCAUCGUUUCUUUUCCAUAUUUCAGAAAAGAGCAAUUGGAGGCAGGGGCCAGCCAAAAGCUGGGUCUCUUGGAUCGGGUUCGACUUUCUAAUCCUCGUGGUACCAAUACUAAAGGAAAGCUAUUUACCCCUCUGAAUGUAGAUGCCAUAGAAGAAAGUCCUUCUAAAGAGCCAAAAAAUGUUGGCUUGAACAAUAAGGAACGUUUUCGGACUGCAUUCCGAAUGAAAGCGUAUGCAUUUUGGCAGAGCUCUGAAGAUGCUGGGACAGGAGAACCCAUGACUGAAGAACGGGGUUACAGUAAUGAAUUCCUCAUAGAAGACAUGAUCCCCACACUCAAGUCGGCUAUCCGAGCAGUCAGAAUACUACAAUUUCGUCUCUACAAAAAAAAAUUCAAGGAGACCUUGAGGCCUUAUGAUGUAAAGGAUGUUAUUGAACAGUAUUCUGCAGGACAUCUGGACAUGCUUUCCAGGAUAAAGUAUCUUCAGACAAGAGUAGAUAUGAUCUUCACCCCUGGACCUCCAUCUACUCCAAAACACAAGAAAUCCCAACGAGGAGGAGCUUUUACCUAUCCUUCCCAGCAGUCUCCAAGAAAUGAUCCGUAUGUAGCCAAAGCAUCCUCAUCAGAAAUUGAAGACCAAAGCAUGAUGGGGAAAUUUGUCAAAGUUGAAAGACAGGUUCAUGACAUGGGGAAAAAACUGGAUUUUCUUGUCGAUAUGCACAUGCAACACAUGGAACAGCUCCAAGUACAAGUUACAGAAUACUACCCAACCAAAAAGGUGACUGUUACCCCGGCAGAGGUCGAGAAGAAAGAGGACAACAAGUAUUCUGAAUUGAAAACCAUUAUCUACAACUAUUCUGAACCCUGCACCCACGAAACCCCUUACAGCUUCCACCAGGUCCCUGUUAACAAAGUUAGCCCCUAUGCUUUCUUUGCACAUGACCCAGGGAGCUUGCCUCGAGGUGGAGGAGGAGGAGGAGGGCCACCCUCUGAGAGGGAGAAGCUCCCGAGGACUCUCCCUUCCACGGUCCCCUAUGCAGAAAGACCCACCGUCUUGCCUAUCCUCACUCUUCUAGACUCUAGGGUGAGCUACCACUCCCAAGCUGAGCUCCACAGCCCCUACCAGGAACGCAUCUCACCCAGGCAGAGACGGAGCUUCACCAGGGACAGCGAUACACCCUUAUCUCUUCUCUCUGUCAACCACGAAGAACUAGAGCGCUCACCCAGUGGUUUCAGCAUCUCCCAGGACAGAGACGAUUACCUUUUUGGCCCCAAUGGGGGCUCAAGCUGGAUGAGGGAGAAGCGGUAUCUGGCAGAAGGAGAGACUGACACAGACACAGACCCCUUUACCCCAAGUGGCUCUAUGCCUCUGUCUUCAACAGGGGAUGGGAUUUCAGAUUCCAUAUGGACUCCUUCCAACAAGCCGGUUUAAAGGGGGAGGAGGGGUCACUGGAUGGCCUCUCCUUGUAAUGUAGACAAACUUUGUAUAGCUCACUUACUCUUACACCCAAAGCUUACUAGUUGGAACACCAAUGGCUGCAUUCAAUGCAUGUGUUAGUAGUAGUCACUGCACCAUUCCAUGGGGAUUUACAGCUGCAUUUUUUUUUUCAAGACACCACAAGGAAGCCGCUUCAUUUUGAGCAUGCUUUGCAUGACUUUACACUAUAUAAAUGGUACCGCUACUUUCUUCUAGAAUACAUAUCUAUCUGCUAUUCUUACUUAAAAGUUACAAUUGGGCCUGUGCAGGGAGAGACUAUAGAAGAUUCCAUGCUCUUUUCCUUUUAUAAACAGAGAAUAUAGUUCCAGUUAAUUCUAGUGUCACUGCCCAUUUGUGUUCUACUAUCUGCCCUGAAACCCAUACCCAUUUUUCAAAACAAUGAAUUCAUUUUCUUGAUAACCUUGCUAGCUCUCAGAAAUUCCCAGAAUGGAGAGCAAGCUCUGUGAGCUCUUAUCCCCUAUAAUUACUUUUGGAGGAAUUCUGAUUUCAUUCAUGUAUAGAACUCCCACAGCAGAAGCUCUCUUUUGCUGAAAGCAAUCAGCAACCAUUCUGUAACUGAUCUUACAGAGUUGUGUAGGAAUGCUGAGAAAUUUAGUAAUGUUCUUAAAGCUAAUAUGUGUCAGAAGCAGGAUCUGAAAAUGGGUCUCAUUGUCUCCAAGGUCAGCCCUCUAUCAUCUAUAUCAUGUUGUUUCUCCUUCAGUAUAUUAUAAAGGGAAAGAAAGAGUUUCUAUCUCUUUUCCUAUAUAUGGAUAACCCAAUCGAUGAAGAAAUUAGAAAAAAAAAAUUCCAAAUGGGAUUUUAUGAGUCAUGUCAAAUAAGGAAAGCUUUGCUACUAAUUUCUUUGUCCUCAAAAAAAAGAUUCAAUUUCUAUUACUUGCAGGGAAUUUUCUGCAAAAUAUUCAUUAGGAAUAGAAUCAAUUUUAGAUUAAAUAUUUGUAUUCAUCUCUAUAACUUUACAUGUAAGUAAAAUGAAGGCUAAAGAAGUUAAAUUACUUUCCCAAAGUGAGUAGCAGAACAAAUUUGAACACAGGAUUCAGGACUCCUAAGGCAUUUGCAUGUGUAGAAAACAAGGAUCAGAAAUUAUACUUAGAUUUAUACUAGAAUCACAGAGACCUUAGAAAUCAUCUAGGCCCAUCCCUCUCAUUUAAUAGAUUAGAAAAUUGAGACCAAGAAAUGUUGUUAUUCAAGGACCUACAAGUAUGAAGUGACUCACUGUUUUCUCUGUGGUUGACUUAGCUGUGGUACCUUGAAUAUAGAAUGUCAGUUACCUUGUGCCCUAAUUGACCAGUGAAAACCAUAAAGAUUGUAAGAAAUAAUACACUUAUUUUAUUCUAUUUUGCUUCAAGAAAAAUGGCUGAUAAUCACUUUAUUGAUAUGUGAAUUGGCCAAUAUGAUAACCACCACAUUUUUUUCUUUAUUAGUUAAAUGAAAUCAUAUAUGUAAACCACUUUAAGAACUUUAGAGAGUUGUCUAAAAGUCAUUUAUUAUUAUUUUAUUUUAGUGAAUGCAUAAUUGCCUCGCUGUGGGGUACUUCCUCCAUUGAUACAAAUUAUGAUGAAUCCUAUCCAUCUGUUAUUUUAUUGAUUAUUAGAUGAAGAUAUAGUAAGGGUACCAAAAUCUAAAUGAAUAUUUGUUGAUGGGGAUGCUCCAUCACAUUAUGGAAGUGUGAAGAUGACCCUGUCCUGUUGAAAGCUACCAAGUUGAAAUAGAGUCAAAUGAGAUCUCAACAAUUGGGUUUGUUUGAUGCUUAAGUCUCAGUCUGACUCAAUAUAGAUAGAUUCAAUUGGUCACCCAGUAACGAAUUUUUAACCAUGUUUACCCAUUCUUCCUUUCACACGUUUAUGAAAAUACUUAAAUCUUAAGUAACAUUGGAUCAGCAGAAAGUUAAAACAAAAAGCCUUUUCUCAGUGUCCUACACUAAUUACUAUGCAUAAUCUUCCUAAGGUUUCUCUUUACCAGUUAUAAUCUAUAAUAUACUCUGAUAUGACUCAUGAAGAUUGAGUCAUAUAGAUAGAUACCAGCUCAAUGAUUGCAUAAAUAUGCCUCAGUCCUGCCCCUCUUUAAGCAUUUGCUUAUUAGCUCCUGAACAAUUAGCUCUAUCAAAAUGACCCAAUUAGUGAAGAAUUAGGCAUAUUUGAUUGCCUAUAUGUCAACUAUGUUUGAAAUCCUCUUGCCUAGAGAAAUAUUAAUUCUGGCAGAUGCUUCAGUAAAGUGAGUUCUUACAGUAACUAAUGGAAGGUGUACGGUCUUUUGGUAGGGGAAAUAAACUUUUUUGGGGCUCUGAGGUCUGGAGAUUACUUGGGAAGAGGGAAGAUAGGAAAGGAGGAUAUUGCCAAUGGUGUUUGUAAAUGGAAUAUAGAAAGGGCUGCUAAUUGAGGAGUUUGAGAUUGGUUGAGAGUCACAGUAGGGUUAAGCAGAAAAUAACAUAUAGCUAUAAAGAAUAGGGUAUGCUUCAGACUCUGCCUUUUCAAACACUUGCUGCCACAGGAGGUGAUCAUAGAAAUAACUGCCACUUGUCAACUAGCCACAUAAAGUUCUGAGAUGGAUUACUGGGAACCCCUGACCCAAGGGGUCAAAUGUGCUUUUCUCUGAGCUUGAUUUCUGACUAAUCUAGAAGUUAUAAUUUGCCAGGAAUGACAGAAAUAUCUUUGUUAUCACUUUGUUAUAUUGUUAUUUAUUUAAAAUUUUUAUUUAAAGGAAUUGAUAGAAAACUGACCAAACUUUCUACCUUUGCACCAAUUAAUUUUUCUAACAAAUUGACACCGUUCUAGAAUCUUGACCUUGGUGUCUUAACAGAUAACACAUGCUUUGAGGGGAUGCUUAUGUUCAUGCUUGAUGAUCAAAAAGAAAUGGACUUUCUAGAAAUAUCUUCUAUGGACAAGGCACUUACUAAGUAGUACAACUUAUCAUGGGCUACGUGGGUAGGUAAGUCAGCUUUCAUUGGAUGUCUUCAUGAGGAAAUUGAAUGACCUAAUUCUUGUUUAGUUAACUUUGCACAAAAUUAUUUCUGAGGUCUCUGAAGAACUUUGAGAUCCCAUUGCAUAUAAAAAAAAGCUUCCAGCCUUAUAACAAGAUUUCACCAAGGUAAUAAAGAUUUAAAGAAGUGUCAGCUUUCAAAUACUCUAUGUUUUUACCUUUCCUUGUAUCUUCAACAAACAUAGUACUUGGCAUAUAUUAAGUGCUUAAUAAAUACUUGUUGACAGAGUGACUGAAGCACAGAGAAUUUAGAUUAGAACGGAAAGCUUAGCUUUCAUCUGGUCAAUCAAUCAACAAGUAUUUGUAAAAUGCCUUAUAUAUGUGCCAGCCACUAUACUGGGUAUUGGGAAUACAAAGAGAGAAACUUCCUUACUCUUAAGAAGCUUAUAUUUUAUUGUUUAUGAAGCCUCAUGAAAACAAGACUUUUUUCACAAAUAUAUUGAUGUGUUAAUUUGUCCAUGAGUAGGUUUUAAUGAAGAACUAUCAUUUUAGAGGAUUAGUCAGAGCUCCUAUCAGAAUUAAAUGGUCUCAUCUCUAAGAACAAGAUGCAGGGAGUGGGGAGGUGAGACUUUAGGCUCUGAUUUGAUCAAUUUUACCUGGCUAGUCUCAGACCAGUUCAACAGAAGAGGGAGCUCUAGAUUAAUAAAGUUUUUUUUUUUUUCUUUUGUAAGUAAAGCCAGGUUUCUCCUUCCUACUUUUUAAAAAAAUCCAUUCAAAGAAAUGUAGCCAUUUCUGAUUGACAUUCCUAUAAUUGAAGAUAGUAUUUGUGUUAUUUUAUUCCUCACAUACAUCCCAGACAUUAUCUACUUGGAGAGCCUUAGCCUAAAGUCUAAUUCUGGUCUUUGUAAUCUUUGCUCCAUAGUAGAAAAAAGCAGCUACUUUAAUGUAGGCAUCUACUGAUUUGGUCAGUGGCCUAAAAGGUUGUUUGAAUUUUGUGGGAGAUGAUAGGUACAUUCUCUUCAAAUUCUUUCCCUUAGAAUUACUUCAUAAUCAAUCUUUAAAAUUCCGUGUGAAGUAGGGGUUGGUCUUGUGAUGUUAUUGGUAUAAGGAAUAUCCUAGAGAAGGAAACUCUCUUUACCAAUACAGGCAAGGAAUUUCUCUGAAAUUUAAAGCCUUAAAGAGAUAGCUAGAAUACUAAGAAGUUAAGUGGCAGAUCCAGAAUCACAAAGUCAAUAUGUGCUAGAUAAAGAACUUGAACUCACAUCUUCCAGAUUUGAAAUCUGGUUGCUCAUUGUGCCACAUAGGUUCUCCAUUUGCUGGACAGAGAUAUCUGAUCAUGAGCAUCCUUCAGAAUGUAUUUCUUGAUCUUAACUUUCAGUAAUAAAUAUAUAGCAAAUUGAGGGUAUAUUUCAAAAAGGAUUCCAUUGGCUUCACUUUCCACAUGAAAUCCCAUCAUCAUUGUUAAGGAUGAUUUAUUCUUAUGAAACAAACUGUUAAUCGAAGUAGCUGUGACUUGUUAACUGCCUGACAUCACACCAGAUUUUCCAGAGUGCAACAUUAUUAGCCACGAGGGAAUUAAAAUAUAUGUUUGGUCUUUGUUAGGCAAAGGAAGUGAUUGGAACAAGGAUCUGACAGUUUAAAUACAAGAUUUAGAAUACAAAAAUUCCUUUUAUUUUCACAAUACAGUGUCUAUACUGUAUAAUGCCUUAAACUGGAUUUUCUAGCAUUCGAACACACAAAUAAUUAACUUUAGAAAUUUCCACAGCUCAAAUAAAAAAGAAGUGAGGCUUGUAGCCUAAAAUAUUUAGCAUUAAGCUAUUGUGACCUUAAGGCACUUAUUGAUAUUGAUAUCUUUGCAUUUUGAAUUAUUUGAAUCUAAGCAUUGAAAUGAGAAAAUUGUUCCUUACAUCAGAAGAUAAUAAGACCUUGUUACUUUGGGUUCAGUUCAUGAAUGCCUAGUGGAUAGUGUAUCUUAAUGUUAUGCUAAAUUCAUAUUUUCAUAAGUGAACAAUUGGAAAAAAUGCCACAGAAUGAUAUGGAUGAUUUAAAGUGAAGGACCUGGUGGAUGCUUACCAAAGACUCAUGUGGCUUUUUCCUCUCUUUUCUCCCAAAUGAGAAAAAUUAUGUAACCAAGCCAAACUUAUGCAUGAUUUGGUACAUAGAGACAUUAUUGAAAUUGCAUGUUUGGUGGGAGUGAUAUAUGUCUGGUUCUGAUUCCCAUUAAGACUUAUGACACUAUCACAGUGGAUGGGGUGCUGAACUUGGAAUCAGAAAGACUUGAAUUCAGAUUCUGUCUCAGACACUAAAUUACCAUGGGCCAAUCAUUUCAUUUCUUAAUUUUUUUCAUCUGUAACUGAGAGGAAUGGACUCAAUGCUUUUAAGGUCUAGUAAGCUCUAAAUCUAGAUACUAAGAUACCUUCCUUUAAAAUUUCUCUCUUUUAGCAUCAUGGCUGCUAAUUAGGGAGCAGGUCCCUUUAUUUGCUAGUACAGAAGAUUCGGAAACUUAAAAAUAGAAAGCAUCUAAAAAUCAAAAACAUUAAGUAAAGAAUUUUGCUCAAUACAGUAAUGUACAGUAGACAAGGUCAACAUUUACCUCUUUCCAUUCCCUCAUGCAUGAGCAAAUGAGAACAAUGGGCAAAUCUUCUGAGUUUUCAAUGACUGCCCUUAUAGAGAAGAUAAUGUUUCCAUGUCUCUUUUCCCACUUCCAUCUUAAAUCUCCCCAACAAAAAUUUCCAAAAAUCCUAAAAAUUCAGUGCCAUUAAUACCAUUCCAAUAUACUGCCUUAUUUUUUCCUUUGAACUUUGCCCAAUUGCUUUCUUCUUUCACUGCACCAGGUCAACAAAUUAUCUGGUCUACUACUUAGACUCACAUGACCCCUAGAGCCAAUCAAUAUUCAAGCAUCAUUUAUACACACAAGUCAGUUUGACAAAAUUCAAGUUAGACACCAAAAAAAGAGGAAGGUAAAUUUGGCAAAUUCUGUGUGAUCUACAUGACUCCAAAUUAUUGUUUUGGUUUAACAAAUGUUAUAAUUGAAAGUUCUGUAUUCACAUUAGCAAGCCUUCUCUGAGCCUCUAGUUUUUUCUUUCUUAAU